AUGAUCAAAUAUGGACACGUUCGUAAACCCACAGUAGUCAAAGCCUACAUCUGUGUGUUUGUUUCUCUAACAGUGAAGGCAGUCCAUCUUGAAUUAGUAACUGACCUCACCUCAGACGCAUUUAUUGCGUGUCUGAAACGCUUCAUCUCUCGACGCGGCCUCCCCUCGCUCAUUUGGAGUGAUAACGGCACAAACUUCGUUGGAGCUGCUCGAGAACUCAAAGAUCUCUACCAAUUCCUGCAAAUGCAAUCCACUCAAGAAAAUGUCAGUCACUACCUCAGUGUUAAGAAGAUUACCUGGAAGUUCAUUCCCCAGCACGCACCUCACUUUGGCGGCAUCUGGGAAGCAGCAGUCAAAUCUACAAAGACUCAUUUGAGACGAAUUCUAGGUGAUGUAAAAUUGACGUAUGAAGAACUUUCCACCCUCUUGACCCAAAUUGAAGCUUGCCUCAAUAGUCGACCUCUCAUUCCACUCCCUAAUGAUGAUGAUGGAAUUGAAGCUCUCACGCCUGGUCAUUUCCUCAUUGGGAAGCCACUGACAGCUCUCCCAGAAGUCACCCCCACAGGAUACACCUCCCUCCUCAAGCGUUGGCAACUGUGCAAGUCUCUACUCAGACACUUCUGGAAGCGAUGGUCCUUAGAAAACAUCUCCAACUUGGACGCUUUAACAAAUGGCGGCACCCCACUCGAAACAUUCAACCUGGUGAUUUAG